AAAUGAGAACGAAAACGAAAAUGCAAUUCUCAGUGGGCUUCGUAGUUCUUUCUUGUUGUGCAGCAGUUUUGCGAGUGAGUAAGCUCGUUUGAAGUCACUAGUUUAGAUGCUCAGAUACUUUUCAAUUUCAAAAUUCUGAAUACCAUUAUCAUGCAAAAACGAAUUUCACAACGUAUGAAACAGUGAGUCUCGAGCCUGAAGAACAAUUCAAAAGUCAGAUAUUUUUUUCCAAAACAAUCAAGUCUAUGCAUUAAGAUUACAAAAAAUGAUCAAGCCAACUUAUACCGGAGACAAAAGUAAUGUCAUUUCAUUGAAAACCUGAUAAACCAUUGGAAAAGUGCGUUCAACCGGGAAGGCCGAUUUCAAAUCUCUGUUCUUUAUGAACACGAGCCAUCAAACAGCUGAAUUUUUACGGUCUAGUCACAAGAACUGAGAUAUUUUGUGACUUUCCUGGUAAACAUUCCAUUUUCAAGUAUUUUAUUUCUUUUUUUAUUAGUUUCAUUCCACACAGGGGAAGAAAAGAUCAUUCGAAGUACUGAUCAAACAUCAAAGCAAAAUGUUCAAGGAGGUUGUGGAAAUCGAUGUUAAAGGGAAAACGGAAACAUUUCACGUUCCAUUGCAAGGUGACCUCGAAGCAGCGGAAAUCAUUAAUGAUUUUCGUAAGGUAAGCCACUGCCCAGAUAUGACAUCGAAAUCAGUAAAAUAGAAAUAGAGCUCAUUUUUGGUUGAGUGUCAUAUAGGAAAACUAAAGAAAUCACAAUGACCAAUCAGAAGGAAGUUGAAUGUCACGUGACCGAUGACAACUCACAGUAAAAACAACUUAACUACUUAAAGCACGGAAAAACGCGAUUGAAUGAGAUUGAAUUUAGUUGUGCGCUUGAUUGGUCAAGAGGUAAACUAAACGACCGAUUAAAUAUUUUAAGAACUUACGAAGUUACCUCGAGCGCUUCAUUCCUCUGGUAAACCCAUUUGGGCACGUUUUCUCUGACGAAGAUUUACAGUGACUUGUUCCUUUCAGGUAUUUCCUGAUAUAAGUUGGCAAAAGAACUCAAGAUGAUUGUUGGCCUAAUAAUUUCUAAAACGGUUUUAUGUGUUUCAGAAAUUGAUGAUGAUCAGCUUACCACAGAAACAAAUGUGCUUUUUGACAAAGCUCACUGGCAGAGUGCCACGCCCUACCAAGAUGGCCAAAUCCUUUAGAAAGGUGACAUACUCACUAUGAUUAUUUUCUGGCUUAUACCAAGUGAAAAAAUCGAAGAAAAAAAUUACUUGUGUCACACUGAAAAUUCUCCUUUCUCCAGGCAACAAUGGAUGGUAAGGAAUUUCCAUUGGAGAAAUUGACAAUUACCAUGGAAACUAAAGAGUUGAUAUAUGACCUGGGUGAUCUUAGCUACGCCAUGAAGAAAAUGUGUGAAGGUUUUCCUAUUUACCACAGCGAGCCUGCUAAAGAUACCAUUUCCAUCUCAGCAGUUGCUGGUGAAGGUAAAUGAAAAAUCAUAUAACUAUAAAGAAUUAAUCUGGAGACUUGUAAGUCAGUCUUGAUACUGAAAGAUAAGCCUUUUUAAUUGGGUGGAAGGCAUCAGUCAGUCUGCUGGACGCCUAUGAGUUCAGCUCAUAGUCAAAUAAAUAGAGUAGAUAGUCAGUCAGUCAGUCAGGCAACCAGGCAAUCCGUCAAUCAGUCAAUAUACUAGUCCACCAAUCAACCAACUGAACAAUCAAUGGAUUAGUCAGCCAGCCACACCAUCAUUAAAAAUGUAAGUUACUCAACCAGCCAGUUGGACUGUUUGUCAGUUUUGAUUACUGAGUACCUCGCUCAAUGUUUAAGCUAGUCAAUCACAGAAACUGACCAAUGGUUGGUCAACAAAUCCCAUUUGCUCUCUCUCAACUUUGUAAUAGUUAAAGCUUUGCAAAACAAAAUUAAUUUGUAUUGGUCUUCACCAUGAUUACUGUAUGUUAAUGGUUGCAAUAUGUUUCAGACAGGAUUUCAGGUGACAAUGGAAAGCCUAUUCAUCGGCGUUCUUGCUCCAGCUCUGUUUGUUCCACCUAUCAAUAUUGUUACUUGACCUGUGCCUCAUCAACAUGCAUGGUGUGCAAAGAAAUGCAAACUUGCAUGCCUAUUGAUUGUUAAGUGUUAUUUUAAGUUUAAAAACCUC